AUGGUCGCCUCUUCGCGCGUCGCCGCUUCUUUGCGACGUGCAGCGUUGUCGCCGCGACCUUUUCCGUGUAUAAACAAUGUCAGGCCUGCCCUACAGAUGAGAUGGAAGUCAGAAGCAACAACUUCAGCGAGUUCGGAACCCCAUCAGCCAGAUGCAAAAGGUGGUGUAAAGGAUGAACCAGCUCCCUCCAAAUCCAUUAAAUUUACAUCCGAUUCGUAUCCUCACAUCCAACGAGAGUCCAAAUUUGCAAAGCUCAGCGAGAAGCAUGUCCAGUAUUUCCAGGAAUUGCUCGGCUCUGACUCUGCUGUGAUAAACGGAGUAACCAAGGAUGCCACCGAAGACAUUGAGCCCUUUAACAGCGACUGGAUGCGCAAGUUCCGCGGCCACGCGCAAUUGGUGCUGAAGCCUUCCAACAAGGAGGAAGUGAGCGACAUCCUCAAGUACUGCAAUGACAACAUGCUCGCUGUCGUUCCUCAGGGAGGUAAUACCGGCCUUGUCGGAGGUUCAGUCCCGGUCUUCGACGAAAUUGUGCUCAACUUGCAAAAGAUGAACACCAUCAGGUCGUUCGACGAGGUCUCGGGUAUUCUUGUCGCAGAUGCUGGUGUCAUUCUCGAAGUCGCCGACAACUACCUGGCCGAGAGGCAACACAUCUUUCCUCUCGACCUUGGCGCGAAAGGUUCAUGCCAAAUUGGUGGCAACGUCUCAACGAACGCUGGUGGCCUCCGCUUGCUCCGAUAUGGCAGUCUCCACGGCAGUGUGCUGGGUAUUGAAGCUGUCCUACCCGACGGCACCAUCAUCGAUGAUCUCUCACAGCUCCGAAAAAAUAACACGGGGUACGAUAUCAAGCAACUCUUCAUUGGCUCUGAAGGGACAAUUGGCAUUAUUACCGGUAUCUCGAUUCAAUGUCCUCGACGCUCACCUGCUGUAAACGUGGCCUACUUUGGCUUGGAGAGCUACGAGCACGCGCAGAAGGCCUUUAUCGCUGCAAAGGGAUAUCUUGGCGAAAUCCUGUCCGCAUUCGAGAUGAUGGAUGGCCGCACCCAAAAGAUCCUUAAGGAAGUGGCGGGUACAAAGCUGCCUUUGGAAGGGGACCACCCAUUUUAUUGCUUAGUAGAAACCAGUGGCUCGAACACUGACCACGAUAGCGAGAAAUUGCAAAAUUUCCUUGAGCACGUCAUGGAGACCGAGGUCGUCUCCGAUGGUGUUCUGGCCGAGAGUCAAACCCAGGUUGCCGAACUCUGGGCCUGCCGUGAACGCAUCACAGAAUGCCUCGGCCACUGGGGCGGUGUCUACAAGUAUGAUCUUUCAAUACCAAUCGCGCAGAUGUACGAUCUAGUAGAAGACAUCCGGGAGCGCAUGAUCAAGGAUGGUCUCCUUGGAGAGACUGAUGAUCAUCCCGUUGUAGACGUUGUCGGAUACGGACACAUGGGCGAUGCUAACCUCCACCUGAAUGUGCCCGUCCGGAGAUUCGACAAGACUGUAGAGAAAGCGCUCGAGCCUUAUCUGUAUGAGUGGACGUCGAAGAGGAACGGUAGCAUCAGUGCUGAGCACGGGCUAGGCGUCAGCAAGAAGCCAUAUGUUGGGUACAGUAAGAAUGAGACAAUGAUCAAGCUCAUGAAGCAGAUCAAAAACCUGUAUGAUCCGAACGGUAUUUUGAACCCUUACAAGUACAUAUAG